AAGCACAAUCACGUUGCCACCGCCGCCAUCCCCAAGAUCAAGGUGUGCAUGGCGAUACUGAGGCUUGGCGGGCAGAGAUUGCUGUUAGGUGUGCUUAGAAUCGCAUCUCCUCGCGUGUUAUCCAGUCCAUUCACCAUGCCGCCAAAGAGGAAGCAAGAGAAAGCUGAAGAGACCCCAGCAAAGGAGUCGAAAAAAGUCAAAACAGAUGAGUUUUCUUCAGAUGCCAAGACAAGUGAUGGCAAAAAGUGGAACCUGAAAAUUGUAUCUUGGAAUGUUGAUGGGCUGCGGGCUUGGAUCAAGAAAGAUGGGAUGUCUAUCUUUGAGAAGGAGGAGCCAGAUGUUGUUUGCCUUCAGGAGACUAAGUGCAGUGAUGACAAGCUUCCAGAAGAGAUAAAAAAUAUGAAAGGUUACAAGAGUUACUUUAUGUCUGCUAAGAAGGAUGGUUAUUCUGGUGUUGCCCUGAUUUCUAAGAAAGAACCCUUGUUAGUCACAUAUGGACUGGAUGAUGAGACCCAUGAUGAUGAAGGUCGCUGCAUCACUGCAGAGUAUGAAGACUUUUAUCUAGUGACAGCCUAUGUUCCCAAUGCUGGCAGGAAACUAGUCACAUUGGACAAGAGAAUGGACUGGGAUCCUAAAUUUCGCAAGUAUUUGAAGGAAUUGGAUGCCAAGAAACCUGUCAUUAUGUGUGGAGAUCUCAAUGUGGCCCACAAGGAGAUUGACCUUGCCAAACCUAAAGGCAAUAAAAAGAAUGCUGGGUUUACUCCAGAAGAGAGAGCUGGCUUCACAGACCUGCUGGCAGAAGGGUUUGUGGACUCCUUUAGGCACCUUUACCCAGACAAGACAGCUCAGUACACCUUCUGGACCUACAUGGCCAACUGUCGAGCCAAGAAUGUGGGCUGGAGGCUGGAUUAUUUUGUUUUGUCUGAACGCCUGGUACCAAAUCUGUGUGACAACCUGAUCCGUUCCUCCCUGUAUGGAUCAGACCACUGCCCCAUCACUCUGCUCGUGCAUCUGUGAUUCUCAAGGCCAUGCCACAAGACUCAUCUAAUAUGACUUCAGUCAGGCCAUCUCAGGACUGUUAUCUGCAUUAGAUACCUGACUUAGUUUUACUGUGAUGCAUUGUUUGUAUGCCACUCAACAUACGAGUAUAAGUACAGUAGUACACUUGGAAGUGAUGAUGAUAUACUUGUGUGUAUUGAUUUUGAUCAUACAUCUAGAUGUAUUGAAAUAUAGUUUUUAAUACAAUUUAUAUAUGAGUAGGUGGCUAUGAGAGAGGGUCAAUCACUAACCACUGCAAAAUGGAGUUGAAAAUAUAUUCCAUUCAAUGACUUUUCCCUAUGUCUAAGGAAUUACACUACAGUGAUUAAUGAAUCUUAACCAUGUGCACAAUUGAUAUCUGAUAACAUAGGGGAACGUAUAGAAUAUAAUACAUUUUUAACUUUGUUCCACAGUGGUUGGCACUUAGUCCUUUGUUACAGCCAGCUACUCAUAUAAAAUACUUUGAUUUUCAUGUAUUUUAUGUGUAAAAAUAUGUUUUUGUACAUUGAUUCCAGUGAAGAAACUGCAAAUUUUAGUAGCAGUAAUUUUGUAAUAAUAAUAAUAAUUUAUCUCCUGAUA